CGGCCUAAGCAUUAAGCAACACCUGGCUCUUAUCUGUUAGCCUGUUACUACAACAAGGCCUGAGCAACACUCGGCCUCCAGUCCAUGGCCAGCAUCAUCAGGAGCGGAGUCGCCAUCUGCAAUGGCUGGGCGGCCACCCGACCUUGCCGGCGACUAGCACUGGAUCGGACAAGAAGGUUACCCCAGCUCCAACGGCCUUCCUUGUCGACCACAUUCUUGUCUCAAAUAACAUGCCCGGGUGCGUGGAGAUCGAGAGUUCGCUCCACCUCAGACCGUAGUGGGGCUCCAACUGAUGCCGCCGCCGCCGACGAAGUGCUGCUAGAGGCCCCGGGGAGCUUCCGCAUCUACAGGAGCGGGAAGAUAGACCGCCUCAACGACCCCACCAUCCUGCCCGCCGGCGUCGACGAGGCCACCGGCGUCGCCUCCAAGGACGUCGUCCUCGACGCGGACACGGGCCUCUCCGUGCGCCUCUACCUUCCCAACAAGCUCCAGGACGCCUCCGCGAAGCUCCCGGUCGUCGUCUACUUCCACGGCGGCGCCUUCCUCAUCGGGUCGGCCCGCGACCCCACGUACCACAAGUACCUCAACGCCCUCGCCGCGGCGGCCGGCGUCCUCACGGUGUCCGUCGACUACCGCCUCGCCCCGGAGCACCCGCUCCCCGCCGCCUACGACGACUCCUGGGCCGCGCUCCGGUGGGCGGCCUCGGCGCAGGACGGCUGGAUCGCCGACCACGGCGACACCUCUAAACUGUUCGUCGCGGGCGACAGCGCCGGCGCCAACAUCGCGCACGAGAUGCUCGUGAGGGCGGCCUCCAACGACGGAAGCCCGAGAGUCGAGGGAGCGAUACUUCUGCACCCGUGGUUCAGCGGGAACGCGGCGGUCGAGGGGGAGCCUCCGGCCGCGGCCAAGGUCACGGGGCUCCUCUGGUCCUACGCGUGCCGGGGGUCGGCGGUGGGCGGCGCGGACGACCCGAGGAUGAACCCGCUGGCGUCGCCGGCGCUGGAGAGGCUCGGGUGCGCGAGGAUGCUGGUGACCACGGGGCUCGAGGACGGGCUGGCCUCGCGGAACCGCGCGUACUACGACGCCGUGGCCGCGAGCGGGUGGCGCGGGAAGGCGGCGUGGCUGGAGCUGGAGGGGGAGGGCCACGUGUUCUUCCUUGGGAAGCUCGAGUGCGACAACGCCAAGCGGCUCAUGGACCGCGUCGUCGCGUUCAUAGCCGACGCAUGAGCUGCCUUUUGUAUCGCCCACCAACGCGUUGCCCACUCGCUGUUGAUCCAAAUUCCCUGCCGUUCAUCCAACAAUGGUGUACGAGUUACUAGAUGCGACUAAGCGACACACUGCAUGCAUCAGGAUGUGAUCAACUGUAUCUUCUUCCUGGAGGCGCGCAUACAUAGCACGCCGACAUCUGGUUCUGAAGCCCAAGUCGCUACCUGCCCAGGGAACUCCCAUGUCCGACGGCCACGGCAACGGCGAGAUUGCACAAUCCUCUCGAGUUUAAUGCAAUAAUAAAAGAGAAUUCUGUCCACCUGUUAA